UUUCACUCUCUUACUUUUUUUAUCGAGUUUUAUUAUGCCUCCAAAAAAAAGAACUAAAACAACUUUUAAAAAUUUCGUUCCAACCACUCAUUUUUCUCCUUUUAACAACCUAACAAAUAAUUUAUCCUUACAACAACAUCAAAAUUCCACUACACUACCUUUUGCCGAAAAUGAAACAAUAAAUCAUAUAGAUCCUUUGACGCCAAAUGAAGUAAGAUAUCCAGUAUAUAUGGACCCUUUAAAUAACACAACAAGAUAUCCGAUAACCUUGCAACCUUCUCAACCUUCUCUUAUUACUCAUCAUGUAACUCAUAAUCAAGAAAAUCAAUCACCUUUUAAUUCUGUAGCCAUAAAUAAUCAAAGUCCUAUCCAAUCAACUUCUACCAUUUAUUAACUUCAAUACACCUAAAUCAACAAACAGAUAGACAACAUCAGAAACUCGAAUGCUUAUUGAAGAAGUAAGAAUGCAAUGGCAAGCAUUGCAACAAGUUAAAGAUCCAAGAGAAAAGAACCGAAUCUGGGAUAAAAUUAUUAUUAACAUCUAAAAGUCAGAUAUGGCAAGUCCAUCUUUAAAAGAACGUACAAAGACAUCAGUUCAACAGAAGUGGGAUGCACUUCUCCAAAAAUUCCGUGACAUAAAGGAUAAAACUGAAAGCACUGGUGGCGAAGCUAUCCAAAAUGACUAGAAGUUUUUUAAGGACAUGGAUAGCUUUUUAA